AUGGGGAAGAAAACAGAAAAGAAAGUUAGACCUCGUGCGUUGGGUGUUGACAACGUAGAGUUGUUUGACAUUACGUGUUUCUCGUGCCAGAAGCACCAUAAACUUCUACAGGAUGGUCAGUUUCACUGUAAAUACUGCGGUGUCAUGUGCGAAAAUUGUGCCUCUGAGCACCAGAAGACCCCUAAACAGGCCGGUCAUUGGGCCGACAAGAUACGACUGAUUAGCCAUUUUGAGACUCCAGUUGUUCCAACAUUCAAUUUCUUGGAAAAAUGCGAAACGCAUCCUAAACGGAGAAUCAAAAGUUUUUGCUUGGACCACGGGGCCUUGUGUUGCAAUGACUGCACAAGAGACUUGCAUGCAGGUUGUACGAUCGAUGCUAUUAAAACUAUGUGUGAAGAUGUGCUCACAGAGGCCGAAAUGGUAGAGUCCAAAAAUGAGUUGUCCGAUUUACGCAGACGUGGCAAAAAAGCUGGCAACGCUAAGAAACAAGAGAUUAUUAACAUGGCCAGACAAGCCACAUUAUUUGAAAAUUACGUGAGGGAUUUGAGAGAACGCAUAAAUGUAAUGUUCGAUAGUAUGGUUGCCGCCAUUGUAAAAGAAAAAGAUGAGUUUUGCAAAGCGGAGAGUCAGCUAAUAGAAAAAGACGCAACACUCUGCGAUGAUCUUGGUCCGAUGUUUGAGGUAGCUCAGAAACAUCUUGAUGAAGCUUACAGGGGUCGUAAAAAGGAAGAUAUGUGGAUAGCGAUGAAGAAACUUGAAGCCAUGAUAACGCAUUACGAUGGAAUUGUAACUGGUGUUGAAAAUGACAAAAGCGAGGUUAGGUUUGAAUUCGUUCCAAACGCAAGUCUACAAGGAAUAUUGGAGGCUCCCGAAAACAUGGGUAAAAUGAAAGUAACAUCAUCCAGACUUUACGGAAACAACACUGAUCUUACUUCAAAACGAAAUGAUGCGCCCUCGAUAAGAAAUGCUGAUUCCAAAUUCAAGCCUCCUUGGGAAGGUGACGACAUUAAAGCGCACCCUUCUCCCUGGGUCAAAAGUACCAAUUUGCUGAGCAAGUCCAAGACACCCCUUCCGGAUCUUAUCCGGCAUUCUCUGGGGCCUAGACCAAACAGUCUGCCUCAGGGGAUACGGACAGCUCGAGGCACGAUCAUGACGAGAACAUCAAACGGUCUGGUAACGCCCAAAGUCGGCAAACAGUCUGACAAAGGCUAUCAUCUCGCCAAUAACUCUAAAGCGAAGGUCAUCGGGGAAGUGUUCGGACCUAAGAAUACAAACAUGAAAAUAACAUACAUUGGCCGUAAGGAGAUAAUGGCGGAUUUCGACGCAGAACUAACGUCAGUGACAGGAUCAGCCUUCCUUCCUAAUGGCAGGUUAGUGUUGAUAGACAAUCACAACAAGAACCUAAAAUUGUACAGUUCUGAAUAUGAGUUUUUGUCUGGGAUAGCCUUGGAAGAACGACCUUGGAAUGUGACGAGCUGUUACAAAACUGUCGUCGCUGUGUCUUAUCCGUACGAUCAAUCGGUCGAGAUUAUCACAACAGGGAUGGAUAUGAAAAUUGAGGCGAAAAUAAAAACGGACAGAACCUGUCACGGAUUGGCGUUUCAUCAAGUUGAGAAAUGGCUGUACAUCGUUUGCGGUUCCGGUAAGAAUGCUCAGAUUCAGGCUUAUUCGCUAGACGGCCACUUGCGGAAAGUCAUCAUCCCGAAGCACGGCGUAUUUCAAGAACCAGUUUACAUUGCAAUAACCUCAGACAGCAAGCGUAUGUUUGUAUCGGACCUUGACAAUGGAAUUGUUGGCUUCGACACGAAGUCUGGAGACGUGAUUUGCCAAUUCAGAAACCCGGACAUUAAGCGAUACUGGGACAUAAAACUUGAUCCCGACGGCCACGUGUUUGUGCUGACCACUGACCCCGAUUGUAUCUAUGUGCUGACGGGGUUACAUAACGGUCAGCUGCUGAAGGAAUUUCGACCGGAGCUGAGUAAACCGUGCUCAAUCAGCUACAGCCCUAUCAAUAAGGACCUGGUCAUCACGCGAUGGAAGGUUGAGGAGAUAGAAGUUUACAGAUUUGUUUGA